CAGGCCCAAACCAUGUGGUCAAUCUCCCAGGCUUCACCAUUCUAUUGUGAGACGGGAGCAGGGUUAAAGGACGACUGAAAUGACUAAGUAGGGAUCUCUGAUACAAUCUGCCUGUCUGAAUCAAUGUGAGGGAGACAUGGGUUUCAGUUUAGCGGGUCACGAUGAAGAAAGGUGAAGUUGAAGAGAAAUCAAGCCCCAGGAGCACACCUCAGACUCAUCUGGAUGUUACCCUCCCAAUCUUUAGUUAUGCUCCUGUCAUAGAGGAAGGAGUGAGUGAAGGGGAGAGUCCCAUUGGCAUUCUUUAACAUCUUGGUUGCUCAGAGAGUUAUCUGGAGAUCAGGAGGACAAAAAGACACUCCGGAGCCUUGGUGUCACUCAACAGGAUUCUUUAAGGUCAGGUGCCAAUGUUGAAAUGGAGUCUGUGUCAGCUUGGAUCCUUUCAGCUUCAACUCUUCCAUUUCUGUGUUUCUUUUGGGGCACGCAUGCCCAGCAGGCUUUCAGGACUGAGCCCAGGAACCUCACUGUGCGGAUGGGAGCCACAGCUGUGCUGAAGUGUGAGGUCCUGAGGGCCUCAGGGAUUGUGCAGUGGGCGAAAGACGGCUUGCUUUUGGGGCCUCAGAGGAGCCUGCCAGGCUUCCCACGCUACAGCAUGAUCGGAAAGAGAGGACAAUAUCAUCUUAGGAUUGAAAAUGCACAACUUGAAGAUGACGCCUUUUUUGAGUGUCAAGCUGGCCAAUCUGAGAGCAGUGAUGGAAUCGUCUCCGGUCUAGCUUUUCUCACCGUACAAAUCCCCCCAUCGAAGCCGUAUUUCAUCAUGGACACGCCGACACCCUGGGUGGUGGGGAAAAAGUACAGGGUUGAGUGCGUGGCCCCUGACGCAAAGCCUGAAGCUGAUAUCAGUCUGUACAAAGAUGGAGUCGAUCUGACAGGUGCGACGUCUUUUACCACGUCUGGCUCAAAGGAUAAGCUUCUGAACACGCACGCUGAAGUAACGGUCACUGCUCUGAAAUCUGACAAUGGGAGAGAGUUGACGUGUCACGCCAAGAAUAAGGCCGUUUCCCAGCCUGUGGUGACCACGGUGACCAUGAAUGUGUAUUAUCCCCCUGAUCCUCCAUAUAUUAUCGGUUUGGACAGAGAUGAGGUUAAAGCUGGGACAUUGCUCGUUUUGGAGUGUGUGUCCCAUGGUGGAAACCCCCUAGCCAAUAUCCAAUGGACUAAGGAAGGUGAAGUCCUCUCAACGACCUGGGGAGAGGAAGUCGUGGGCCAGAAGUCCAGAAAUAUCCUCACACUAAAGAUAACCCCUGCUGACAACCAGGCAGAGCUGAGUUGUGAAAGUGCCAAUAUUGUCUCCCUGUCUCCUCUGUCCAUCACCCGCAAAAUAACAGUGUUCUUCGAUCCCGCGGAGCUGACGCUGUCGGGUUCGCCGAAGGCCGUCGAGGGGCAGGAGUUGACUCUGAGCUGCCACGCUUCCUCGAGUAAUCCCCCCGUCCACAUUCGCUGGUGGCUGGGGUACAAGGAGCUCAACAACACCAGUGUCGCAUUUGAAGAGGGAGAGAAUGGAGGGAUGACGACCACCUCCAACGUGACCCACCGUGUCUCUCGGGAGGAGAACGGACUGAGGCUUACCUGUGAGGCUUUUAACAACGGCACCCAAUUCUCCAAAAUCCAGGCCGCUACGCUCGCCGUGUAUUAUCCCCCUCAGAGAGUGUUCAUUGAUUCGCCGCCUGAGGACGUCCCCCUUCGCUCGGGCACCAGGGUCUUGCUCACUUGCUUCUCGACUGGAGGGAAUCCUCCCGCAGAACUCACCUGGUUUAAGAAUGGAAGCAAAGUUUCCCACGCGCAGCCGCAAACCCUCUCUCAAAUGUUCGUAAGUCGGGGGCUCAACCUGCUCCUGACGGCGAGUGACAACCGGGCCGACUACCGCUGUGACGCCACGAACAAGGCAAAGAAAACAAUGUCUGCACAUGUUAAGCUCUUGGUUCACUUUGUAGCAGUGAGCAUGAAGAUUACAGCCAAGCAAGAAGUGCUUCGGCGAGGACAGGAGAUCAACCUGGAGUGCCUUUCUGGGAGCAGCAACCCAAAGUCUGACGUCUCCUGGAAAGUGGGCCGAAUGAGGUUGCCGGGAGUUGAGGAGAAGCCCAUGAAGUCUCUGUUUGAGGGUGUUUCUGUGCUCAGUAGGCUGUCCCUGAAUCUGAGUUCACAGCACAACAACCAGAAGGUGAUCUGUCAGGCCUACAGUCCUGUGUUGGAAGAAGCAGCGAAGACAUUUUACCACCUGAAUGUGCUGUAUCCUCCUGAAUUCAGUCCGGAGCAGACCACAGAAGUCCAGGUGGAGGAGGAUGACGUGGCAACCAUCCCCCUGAUGGUCUCAGCUAACCCCGAGGUGUUCUCCUGUAUUUGGCUGCACCGCAGGCAGACGCUGGUCAAAGGGGAAGAUAUACGCCACCAGUGGUCAGAUGACCACUCUCUGGAGAUCAGGAAUGUGACGAGGAAAGACGGCGGACUUUACACUAUCAAAUGUGAAAAUGACGAAGGUGUCGACCAAACCACGGUUGAGCUGGAUGUUCUUUAUGCUCCCAGCCUCAAACCAGAGAAAGACCCUGUGUUUGUUAACCUGGGGGGAACAGCAGACCUGAUAUGUGUGGCAGAUGCCAACCCCAUUAUACCUGGCAUGUUCUCUUGGAAAUGGCUAGGAGAGGAAGAGGUGGAGAUGGGAGAGGAGACCCAGGAAGACGAAUCAAGCCUUCUGACCAUUUAUAAUGUGACUCGGGCUCAUGCUGGUUUUUACCAGUGUACGGCCAGCAAUGGCAUAGCUCUCCCUGCCAGUGUGGAAAUGCAGCUGGUAGUGCAAUUCACACCGGUACUUCGGAAAGGACCCCAAUGGAGCAAGGUUGCCAGUCGAGGGGAUGGCACUACCACAGCUGAGUUGGUGUGUCAGGCUGAGGGCAUUCCUCGUGUAGAGUUCAUUUGGGGGAAGAAAGGGAUGCUCAUAGAUUUGGCCAAUCCCAGGUACGAGGAGAGGACAGAGAGGGAGGGUUCCAUCCACACCAGCACGCUGCGAGUGGUGAAUGUGAGCGCCGUUCUGGACUACGCUGUCUUCAGCUGCACCGCUCGCAACUCACUUGGGGAAGACAAGCUAGACAUCCAGCUCGUCAGCACAAAUCACCCAGAUCCACCUUCAUUGUUUCGUCAAGUCGGUGUAACCCAUGACUCUGUCACUCUAGAGUGGAUCCCUGGCUUUAAUGGGGGCUUGCAGCAGAGAUUUCGGAUAAGAUACAUCUGGGACAAAGCCAUCAGCUUCAUGUAUGUCGAUGUCCUUCCCCCUGAUGAAACAACCUUCACUGUUACGGGUCUGCAGCCGUUGACCACCUACAACUUCUCAGUUAAUGCCCUCAAUGCUAUAGGAGAGAGUGGCUAUGCUGACAAUGGUGCAGUACUGACCAUCACCACUAAGGUGAAGGAGUCUGAGGAUCCAGUGGAUGACAAUGAACAGGCUCCGAGUGGCGUGCCGACCCGUUUGACUGUGGCCUUCACAGUGGUGUUCGGAGUCCUGCUGCUGUUGAAUUCACUGGGCUGCUUCUUGGGGCGGAAGUGGAAGAACAGGCGUGACAAAACAAAGAUAGAAGGGGAAGCUGCGGUGAAUGGACAGAAAAGUGAAGAGGAUGUGUCAAGUCAAUCAACUGUUAGCAAGUCCAAUAAGUAUGAGAGCAGAGAAAAAAUCAACACCGGAGCCCAGCGCACCCUCCUCAUUGACUCUGGAUCUGAAACUGAGAGCAACGUCUACGAGAGCUACACAGCGUUUCAGGAAGACUCCCGUUAUUAUUAUCCUGCCGGUGACUACAAACCCUCCCUUGGUCCACACCCCGAAGAAAGACGUGGCCUUGGUGUCAUCCCUGCGAACCUUGAAAGCCAUUUCUAUGAAGAUGUGGGAGAUGGAAGAGCGUACCAGGACACAUUGGCCUCACCCCUUCCUCCCUACCCUCCAUUGUUCUCUGACCACAGACAGACCCAGCAAGCUGAGGACUGGAGGUCACCCACCUACCCUCAGGGUAUCAAGAAAGCAGGGCAGUUGAUGGAUGAUCAGCAAGCAAGGCGGGAUUAUGAUCUACCCUUCGAACUUCGAGGAGAAUUAGUCUAGAGGGAGACAAUGAGAUCGAUGGAAUAGCCUUAUGACUCAACUGUAGGCUUAGAAUAAAAUGCUGUAUAGGAGUAUUCACUCCCCUCUUAAUUAUUUUAUUUUUUGGCUUGAGCUUGAUUAAAUUCACAAGAGCAAAAUAUCAAAUAUUUAAGCUAUUCACCUUUAAAGUUUUGGAGGUUGUUUUUUUUUUUUUUUUCUUCCUCUCUUUAAAAGAAUGAGUUGACCUGAUGCCCAGGCUUGAAUUACAAACCGACACUGAAUAAGAAGGAAAGAAGAAUGUUGCAGUGUUUCAAAAAGACAGAUUUGAAAGCUUUAGUCCCCUCAUUGGAGUCUGGAAUGUCAAAUUUAUAAGAUGCUUUUUCCAUCAACACAGAUGCUAGGAGCAUACUGUGAGGUUAGUUUCCACUUAUAUUCCUCUUUCCAUGCCCCCUUUCACCGUUUUCCUCUCUCCCUAAGCCGAUUCAUGGUCACUACCCUCAGUCCCCCUUCUUCUGCUGGCCCGCAGGUAGACAUGAAUCAGUCGGUUAGAGACAGAAAUGAACUGACAUGUGUGCGCUUGGCGCUGGAGCAGAAGCAACAGAGGCUCACGGUGCCACCCAGGCAGACAUCAUCCUUUUGACCCAUCUGACAUUAACAUUUUCCAGUGUGUAUCCAGAUGAGAACCUGAUGACAGGGCUCUCUCCCUCCUCCCGUAGACUAUAAAGACUUUCACAUCUGACAGCUGGUCUUAUGGAGUCCCUACAAUGGGAUCAUACUGAGCGGUAUUUUAGCACAGUUUCGUCUUAAGGAGAGCGAAACCGUAUCCGCGGCCAGACUCUAUAAUCCUGUUUUCUCUCGGACCGGGAUUCGGCUCGCAGCAUUGGUGGCGGGAAGAAACCGUGCCGGGAAUUUGCAGUCCGAGAGAGACUGAGAUGAGGAAAAAAGGUUAAGCUAAGCCUUAACUGUGGCUGCUGCAACAAAAAGAUCUUCUCUGCUUCAUGCCCUUAAUAACCGAUUAUCAAAUCAAGGUAUUUGAUAACCAAAAAGAAAAGGGACGUUAUAAUAAUGAUCUUACGCAAUAUAUUGUGAUGAGUCUUAGUUCCCAUUUCAGACCUGUAGAAAGACACAUUAAAAAAUCAUGUGACUAUUUGAAUAAAAAAAAUCCCUCUCUGAUAUAUAUUUGUUUAAACUGGCUCCAUAACCUUUAGUAAUCUGUUCCGGGGGGGAA